AUGGGCACACUAAGGACACUGACUGUGACAGUCCUUUUCGUGUUCCUCUUUACACUGGAAUGGGCUUCAAGGGGCGUACAAGGAGGAACGAUAUCGAAGGUCGAGGGCCACCCGGCUUCAGGGAAUCGAUACGAUAAGAAAAGGAUCUUAAAAGAACUUCAACAAUACAAAGAACCUCCAGAUGAUAUCGUCAGGAGUAUGGCAUUUAAAGUUAAGCCACCACUCAACUUAGAUCACGAGUGGAGAAACUUCUGCUGGAACCAGUCUAUCCACGGGUCAAACAAAUUUCUAUGUCUGCCGUACUUCUACAUCGUCGGAUUCAGAAAAUGUGCCACGUCUGAUAUAUUUGAGAGGAUCAAUGUCCACCCUGAAUUGAACUUACCGUUUAGAAAGGAAACGCUAUGGUGGUCGUUUCGCCCCUUUUGGUCCUUCACGGAAUAUGCCGAUAUUUUCGGAGGAGUUACCUAUCCCCGGGGUAAAAAGGUUAUAAUGGGCGAUGCUGACCCAAACAUUGCUUUCAUGCACCGCCGCACAAGGGACCAUAUCAUCACGAAAGCUCAUAUUAUGAAGAUGUACACACCAGAUGUCCGGGUGAUAUUCAUGCUUCGUAACCCAACCGAUAGAAUGUAUUCCGAUUACCUGUACAUACGUGGGCUGGGUACUCGAACGGCAGGGGACUUCAACCGACGGGUCCUACGGGGUUGGUUCCAGUAUAAGCGGUGUUUUGCGGCCAAAUCAGUGAGGGAUUGCAUCUAUAACCAAAGGAAUAUGUUUUCCUCAGAUAGAAACCAGAUCCGUUUGUACCAGGGCAUGUAUAUCCAGUAUAUUUACGACUGGAUGCAGGUCUUCCCAAGGAAUCAGAUCCUGGUGCUUAGAUCAGAGGAUUUGUUUAGUGACGGCAAGAAGACAUUGAGUAAAGUCUUUGACUUUCUUGGAGUGGAUAAACUGAACGAUGAGGAAUUAGGUGCCAUUCUCGAGUUCCCGCUUGUCAACAGGAACGACGUGGUGAAGAAGUCAGCAGGACCGAUGUGGAAACAAACGAGAGAUCUCCUCAACAAAAUGUAUCGUCCGUUCAACGAAGCUUUAGCUGAAUACAUGCACGAUAAACGCUUUUUAUGGGAGGCUUAA